GCUUCCGGGUUGGGGCGGAGGAGCCGGCGCAGCAUGAGGCGGGUGACGCUGUUCGUUAACGGCAGCCCCCGGAACGGGAAGGUUGUGGCAGUUUAUGGGACCCUCUCAGACCUGCUCUCUGUGGCCAGUAACAAGCUGGGAAUAAAAGCCACCAGUGUUUACAAUGGGAAGGGGGGGCUCAUUGAUGACAUUGCUUUGAUCAGGGAUGAUGAUGUUUUGUUUGUCUGUGAAGGGGAACCAUUCAUUGAUCCUCAGACUGAUGGAAGACCUCAUGAAGAGCUGACAGGGUCCCACACAGACUGGUUAACACUCAAUGUUGGAGGCAGAUACUUCACCACUACAAGGAGCACUUUGGUUAAUAAAGAACCUGACAGCAUGUUGGCCCACAUGUUUAAAGAUAAAGAUGCUUGGGGAAAUAAGCAAGAUCAUAGAGGAGCAUUCCUAAUUGACCGCAGUCCAGAGUAUUUUGAGCCAAUUUUGAACUAUUUACGUCACGGACAGCUCAUUGUAAAUGAUGGCAUUAAUUUGCUAGGUGUUUUGGAAGAAGCCAGGUUUUUUGGUAUCGAUUCACUAAUCGAACAUCUAGAAAUAGCUAUUAAGAAUUCCCAGCCAGCUGAGGAUCACUCUCCCAUCUCUCGGAAGGAAUUUGUCCGAUUCCUGCUGGCAACUCCAACCAAGUCUGAGCUGCGAUGUCAGGGUCUCAAUUUCAGUGGGGCAGAUCUCUCCCGGCUAGAUCUUCGCUACAUCAACUUCAAGAUGGCAAACCUGAGCCGCUGCAACCUGGCCCACGCCAACCUGUGCUGUGCAAACCUGGAAAGAGCUGACCUCUCUGGCUCUGUGCUGGAUUGUGCAAACCUUCAAGGGGUGAAGAUGCUGUGUUCCAAUGCAGAAGGAGCCUCUCUAAAAGGCUGCAAUUUUGAAGAUCCAUCAGGCCUUAAAGCUAAUUUGGAAGGUGCUAACCUGAAAGGUGUUGACAUGGAAGGCAGUCAAAUGACAGGAAUUAAUCUCAGAGUUGCAACACUGAAAAAUGCAAAACUAAAAAACUGUAAUCUUAGAGGAGCAACUUUGGCAGGAACUGAUUUGGAAAAUUGUGAUCUAUCAGGCUGUGAUCUCCAAGAAGCUAAUUUGAGGGGAUCUAAUGUAAAAGGAGCUAUCUUUGAAGAGAUGCUGACACCUUUGCACAUGUCUCAGAGCGUCAGAUAGGGAAGACAACGUGCUGAAGAGGAAGGAAUCAAAACGUUUCUUGUGACUUUCUUCACCUCCUCCCCUUAUGAAAUUAGAAGUAAUGGUUAUUAGACAACUUACAGUUACAGUAGUGCCUAAGUAAACUCUUCUUGGAUCACUUUGUGAAAGGAGUGAGGAAGCAGGCUGGUUCUAGAACUAGAAUGUGUGGCCAGUUUGGGGAGGGGGGAAGAGUUAAAUAGGUUCAUUGUUUAGCAUUGCCUCACUUUGGAAUGCAUAUUUUAAUUUAUAAAGCACAAUAUAUGCAAUUCUAUUUAUUAAAUCUGUAGCUGCAAUAUGAAUAGAAAAUGUUACUCAUGUCUAGUAGCAACAAAGUUCAGGUUUACAGUUAGAGGAGUGUAUUUACAGUUAUUUCUUCAUUCCUGCACCGUGUGUUAAAUGACAGAUGUGGUUUAGACAGUGUCCACAGGAUGUUUUCAGGUGCUCUUGUCUUCUGGGGUGAAAAACAGUAGUUAACUGUCACCUUAGGUAAUUUAUUGCCUUGUAGUGAUUUGAAUGCAGGUAUAGAACAGCUUUAUUAUCUUCUAAAACAUGCAGUGGAAGCUGCUUCCCCUGAAGGGAUCUGCCUACACAGCAGAUUGAGUUACAACUCAAACAUCCCUGUUCAGAAACUGGAUGUCUCAUUUAAUCCUUUGCAAAUUAGCAUGAAAUUGCACUAUCAGUCACAGCUGGCAAGAAAUAUUCUCUGGCUUUCAAAUGUCCUAACCACUCCAAACUGGAGUACCUGUAGGUUUUUCAUUCUUUGUGGGGAAUUAAAUGUACAGAGGAAAAACCAAUACUGUCACCAAAGGAGAGAGAAGCACUGGGGCCACAGCACAGGCUCUCUGACCUCUUGUCUUUAUUUCAGUAGAUGAAUAAAUGGCACUGUUUCCCCUCAAUGUACUAUGCAAAUCCUCUUGUACACUGAAUCCUUGAAAGCAUGGGCAUAAUCCUUUUCCCAGCCAGAUCUUAAUAUUCCACUUUGGGCCUGCUUGAAGGGGCUGUAAAAGCAUUUGCAUAGGGCAGGGUGUCCUUCCCACAGCUGCUUUACCUGGGAGCAAACAGGGAACUCUGUGACUUCUGCAGUGCAGAAAGCCUCACAGCAUCUCUGAGGGGUGGUGCACUUCAUUUAAUAAGCUGCUUCCACUGUAGUGUCAAUGUAGUUCUCAUCUAACAAAACAUUUACUUUAUACACAAUCAAAAAGCACAUGAAGAAACUAUACCAAAAAAAGAAAAAAAAGGUGCAUCAAGAACUCUUACCUCAGAUGCUUACUUAAAGUACCCCAAAGUUAAAAUUAACCUUGAAUCUAAGGAAAUGACUGGAAGUUUAAGAACCAGUGUAUCCUAAAACUUGCAGAAUGUGACACUGUUGGCAGAGGUCUGAGCUCCACAGCUGCUCCAGUGCGUUGCCUUUUCCUUGCAGUGCAGAUUUCCUGUCCUCUGAGCAGGGGUCUUCUUGUCUCAGUAGUUGUUAUGAAAAUGCUGCUUUGCCAUCAAUCUAGACCAGUUAGUCCAGGACCAGUUUAUUACUUGUUUGUGGGGAACUGCAGGAUUCUCCCUUAUUUUUGAGUUGGGUUAACUCAGGCAUAUGACAUGAACUUCUGGGACUCAAAAUCCCACAGCCAUGUGGUUCAGGGUUGGGAUUUUAUUUCCUCCCAGUUCCCAGGCCUCCUGAUCUGGCUCUAGGACAGCACCAUAUCCCUUGGUGAAAACUGUAGAUUCAAGGGAAAUAUUUCAGUGUGAUUUUGGAGUCCUUUCUCCCACCUCAUUGCUUUCCUUGAGAGUGAUGUAUAUGUUGCAGUAGAAGAAGAUUCCUAGGGCUAGAGAAAUAAAUGAAUUAUUUUUCUUUAUCAUAUUUUGUAGCUGGCAGAAGUCAAAUAUUGUAUGGAAAAAAAUAUAUAUUUUCAUAAUCACUAUGUAUAAAAUAUAUUUGAAGUUUCACUGAAGCACUAUGUUUUGAAUAAUCACAGCAUGUGGCAUUGUUCAUUCACAGAUGAAUUUAAGGUACCUCUUUUGCCAUGACAAAGCUGUAGGAAUAGCCCAAGGUGGCCUAUUCAGAAAUUGCAGGUUCCAGCCUAAUUUAAACUGCAUCAAUAAAAGUGUGAAAU